UGGGCUUUUGAAAUUUUAGGUUCGGGAAUGUUCCAAAAGUAUAGAGAAAGGGGUACCCGGACCGGCCCGUUUGCAAGAAUACCCCAGUGUUGGGUACUGUCUCCCAAGCCCACUUCCUAUUGUUCCUCCUUGCGACAGUUCUCACUCUCGAGAACUCUCUCCACACACACACCCCACUUCUCCGUGUUUCCCCCUCAUCCAAUCUCUCGAACCUUCUCCCCCCAUCUCUGCAACUCUCCUCCCGGAGCACAGACACACCCCACCCACACCCACACUCCACUGAGAAAUGAUAUGUUGCCGCCGCCCUCCUCCCCCACCAACUCCUCCGUCUCCUCCUCCGAUCUCGAUACCGAGGUUUGGCUUCUGGCACUCCUUGUCUGGGAUGAAGAUGGUCUUGGUUGGCGGGUACAGGUGCUCAAAGGACAGGUUGGGAUAUCUGCGUUUGAGUCGUCCAGCUGCAGGAUCUCUACUCGGUUUGGGUACUGCUCCAGGACACUCCAGUUCAUGGCGUAGAUGUGCCCCGCCAGCCCCGUGGCCACGUCGCCGAAGCCUUUGUACUCCAUCCACUCUCAUAUUUGUUUCUGGGUUUUGUGUUUUGAGUUGAAUCUAGCUCUGUUUGAUCUUUAAUUACAAUCACAUUUAUACAUAUAU